AAUUGGAAAUUCAAGCGACUCUACAUCAAGCUUCCCGGCAGCUACAGCAACGACUGAGACUGUUAUACCUUGGACAACUGCUUCCAUGACAGCAGUCGCGACCAAACCUUCCAGUUCUGCUACAGACUCCUCAUCUACGACUACACAGGCCGUCCAUCCAAUGACAGCAGCACCGUCUUCAGCUCAUGAAGCAAUUACCCAGGUUUCCGGGCCUGUUACCACUCAGUGUCCAGGAAACCAGAUUAGGAUUGGAGAUGAAAGUUGUGGCUGCCCGUCAGACAUGACUCUGAUGCGUGACACCUGUACCUGCCCUGUCGGCUUCAGCCUGCAGGAAGGCACUUGUGAAGAUGUUGAUGAAUGUGAACAAGAUGGUGCUUGUGCUCUUCACGCCAGCUGCACCAAUACUCCAGGCUCCUACUCAUGUAGAUGUCACAGAGGUUACCUGAUGGUCCAAGGGACGUGCCAGGAUAUCGACGAGUGUGCCGUGGCUGCUGUUACUGGUCUGUGGGCGUGCAACAGUCAGGCCAUAUGCACCAACUCCCCAGGAAGCUUCAGCUGCUCCUGCACGACGGGAUUUGUGAUGUCCCAAAAUGGACAAAGCUGUGAGGAUGUUGAUGAAUGCAGCACUGAGGAGUUCUGCAGCUCACGUCGGGGAAGUCUGUGCAUCAACACACCUGGGAGUUUUCUGUGUCUGUGCCAGCCGGGUUUCAAACCCGUCACCUCAGAAUGUGUCGGCUCGACUUGUCCCAACUUGACAAAGUGUCAAGAUGUGGACGAGUGCGCAAACGGUCCUGCGACGUGUGCCGGUCCGGCUGUGUGUGAGAACACACCUGGGAGCUACCAGUGUGUUUGUCCGCCAGGUUACCGUGGAAACGGCACACACUGCGAAGAUGAGAAUGAGUGCUUGUCGGGGGGUCAUGGCUGUGACACAAACGCACGCUGCGGCAACAUCAUCGGAUCGUACUUCUGCCAGUGCUUUCAGGGUUUUAAUGGAAACGGAUUCUCUUGUUUUGAUGUCGAUGAGUGUGCUGUCAACAACGGCCACUGCGAUCACAAUUGCACCAAUGAGGUCGGAGGUCACAGAUGCCAGUGUUCGUCCGGCUACCUGCUGAACCAGGAUGGACGCAACUGUACAGAUAUAAAUGAGUGUUUGUCCCAGAAUGGAACCUGUGAGCAUGUUUGCUUCAACACCCCGGGAGGGUUCCAGUGUGCCUGCAGACCUGGAUACCAGCUCCACAUUGAUGGACGCAGCUGUGUGGAUAUCGAUGAAUGUAAACUGCAGAACGGCGGCUGCUCACACACCUGCACUAACUUCCCUGGAGGACAUAAUUGCCACUGUCCAGCUCCGCUCCUGCUGGACACCGACAACCUUACCUGCACCAAUGCCAAGUCUUGUGCACUCAGAAACGGAGGUUGUGAUCACAUGUGCACAGUUACAGCAGAAGGCCAGCUCCAGUGUAGCUGUCAGGUCGGGUGGAAGCUGAGCCAGGACCUCCGAACCUGCGAAGAUGUGAAUGAGUGUGGAGACUUUACGAACGGAGGGUGUGAGCAGCUAUGUGUCAACCAACCUGGUGGCUUCAACUGCACCUGCAGAGCGGGCUUCCUGGUGCGGACGGAUGAUCCGACGCAGUGCGACCCUGUGUGUGACCCGCCGUGUCAGAACUAUGGGGUGUGUGUUGCCCCAAACAGCUGCGACUGCCCCCCAGGUUACCCCGGCCAAGGAUGCUCAGCCAUGUGCUCCCCGCCCUGCGCCCACGCCGGCACCUGCAUGCGCUGGAACAAGUGUCUCUGUUCCCCUGGCUGGACUGGAACAGGCUGCCACACAGCGGUGUGUGAGCUGCCCUGUGCCAAUGGAGGCCGCUGUGUGGGGCCCAACACGUGCCAGUGUCCCUCCGACUACAGCGGCCAGCAGUGCUUGAUGCCCCUGUGCACUCCUGCCUGUCAAAAUGGAGGCAGGUGUGUGGACGUCAAUAAAUGCACGUGUGUCGGUGGAUGGCAAGGAGCUCGCUGUCAGAUAGAACCGAUCCAAUGCCAGAAACCUUGCAAAAACAAUGGAGUGUGUGUGGGCCUGAAUAGGUGCAACUGUGCCAAAGGCUUCACAGGACAUCAGUGUGAAACAGCGGUCACCACUCCCUGUGUUCCCCCUUGUAAGCAUGGAGCUACCUGCAGCCCACACAACACCUGCACAUGCCCAGAAGGAACCACAGGUCUGCGCUGUGAGAAACUGACGUGUCCGGUGGUCACCACAGUGGUCAGUACAGCGCGAGCAGUGAGAAAGGCAUCCAGGGAGAGUUACGUGGACCGCUGCGGCCCCUUGGGAGUUCAUCUAUGCACCAAAUACAGAAUGAAUCAGGCACGAGUGUAUUUGCAGGCGUACAGAGUGGGCUACAAAAUCCAGUGUCAGGGGACGAACAGGAGCUGAGCGACCGUGGAGAAUUUCCUCCAGCACACUUUACAUUUUAGCAAGUUCUUGUGUUGUACAGCACAAUAUGUCACCUUUGCUUA